AUGUGGACAAUGAAAAAACUACAAACAGUUUUAUAAAUCAAUACAACUAUCUUUGUGUUACAAUAUUAUAUUUCACUUAAAUAUUUUUUAGAUUAUAAUAAUUAAAUUCUUAAGUGUAGCAAUGUUAGUAAUUCGUUGUUUUUUAUUAAUAUUUUUAACCUUUUUAUGUAUAGAAGAUCUUGUUUUGUCUUUAACAACCACGGAUAAAAUAAUUUCCUAUGGAUAUCCUAUAGAAGUUUAUCAACUCCAAACAGAAGACGGAGCUUUACUCGGUAUGGAAAGAAUACCCCACGGAAAACGAUUUAAUGGAACUAUUGGAAAGCCAGUAAUUCUCAUGUGCCCUUUACUUAGUAGUUCAAUUCCCUAUGUAAUCACUAACAUCUCAAUGGCAUUCAGUUUAGCUGAUGCUGGAUUUGAUGUAUGGCUCUCUAAUUAUAGAGCUAUGGGCAUAUCUAAUAAAAUGCGUCAUCUAUCUCAGAUGAACUGGAACUACAGUAUUCAUGAACUUGGCAUUUACGAUUUUCCAGCUACUGUUGAUUUUGUCUUAAAACAUACAAACUUUUCGAAGGUAGACGUUGUGGGAGUUUCUAUGGGAGCAGGAAUAACACUUAUAGGUUUAUCAGAAAGACCCGAAUACAACGCUAAAAUUCGAAAAAUUUUAAUGAUAGCACCAGCUGCAAGAAAUGGACACAUGUUAAGUAUAAAGCCAUAUCGAAGAUUGAUAAUUAAUUAUCCUGUAAUACAAUAUCUAAAGAGGUACAAAUAUAUUAUUUUCGCUCAAGAUACAGAUAAUUAUUUUUUAGGAAAGUUAUGUAAAAAUCCUUUUUUUCGCUAUAGUUGUGUAGCUAUUAUGAAUUUUUAUCAAGGAAUUAAUGUGUCUUUAGAUUAUAAUGUUAUUGCCGAUUUUGUGAGAACUUAUCCCCAACCAGUUUCUUCAAAAUAUGUUGUUCACGUGUUUCAAUCAGUGAUAUCAGGUCGAUUUCAAAAAUACGAUUAUGGGCCAUAUGGUAAUUUAAAACAUUACAAUUCUUCAAUUGUUCCCGAAUAUAAUAUUACAAAAGUAACUGCACCUUCAAUUAUUAUCUACUCAAAGGAUGAUAUCGUCACAUCGCCUUCAGAUAUAAAAUGGUUGCUUAAUAACUUACCCAACAUGAAGGACUCUUAUUUUAUUCAAAUGGAACCAUUCAGUCAUCAAGGUCUCAUAGUUGGUAAAAGAGCUCACAUUGUUGUUUAUCCUUAUAUGAUUAAAAAGUUAUUAGAAGAAGAUUAGAAAAUAAUAAUUUUAUUAAUGUACAAAUACUAUUAAAAUACUCAGAACAUUAAUUAUGUUAAAAAAUAAAUAAAGCAUUUUUAAGUA